CCGUGCGGUUGAUUGAAUCUGAAAACAACUCGAACUCGAACUCGAAACCACUGAAAUCUCCGAUUCGAUUCCCAGUUAUCCCGGUCACGGUCUCGCUCGCAAGUUGCAUUAGUAAUAUUGCAUUUAUUAUUAUCAAAUCCAACUCCAAUCCCACCUUAAGACGAGUCUCGACCAUUGCUAUUAAAUUUGCCAUUUAAUUCUGUUUUGUAUCUGUAACAAGUGCUUGGAGGCCAUUCUCGAUUAUCGUCGAGUGUCGGUGUGGUUUCGUGCACCAGGAUCCGAAACCUAACCCCCAACGGCCCUAUCCUGCAUCCGCAAAGAUAUCGGCUAAUCAAGGAUUACCAUUGUUACAACCAUGAGUUUCCAUAAGAGCGACUCGCGGACGCCGCUGGCGCCCACCGAGUACACUAAAAUCCCGACGGUCGCUGCGGGCUACGGAGAAAACGAGAAGCCCAAAGGCGGCAAAGGCGGGCAACCCAAGUUCAUCCGCUCGGACAUGGCCGACGUACCCGUCCAGCAGGCGGCGGGAUCCACGCUUCCGUUGGUGAUCACUCGGAAAAAAGGCGACGACUCCGAGGAUGGCAACUACAAUCCGUUCGAGCACCGCAAGGUGGAGCAUCCCACAUCGGACCUGGAGACAUUUGUGCACCUGCUGAAGGGAUCGCUGGGCUCCGGCAUAUUGGCCAUGCCGAUGGCCUUCUCCCACGCGGGCUUGUGGUUCGGUCUGGUGGCCACCUUUGCGGUGGGCACCCUGUGCACGUACUGCGUCCACAUCUUGGUCAAGUGCGCCCACAUCCUCUGCCGGAGACGCAAGAUCCCGAUGAUGGGAUUCGCCGACGUGGCGGAGCAGGCCUUCCUCGACGGACCGCCGUCCCUGAACCGCUGGUCCCGCUUCAUCCGGUUUAUGGUUAACACGUUUCUGGUGAUCGAUCUGCUGGGCUGCUGCUGCAUCUACCUGGUCUUCGUGGCCACCAAUGUGGAGCAGGUGGUGCGCGUCUACAUGGAAACGGAACUGAGCAUCCGCGUUUGGAUCAUGAUCGUGACGGCGCCGCUGAUCUUCAUGUGCCUGGUGAGGAACCUCAAGUUCCUGACGCCCUUCUCGAUGAUCGCCAACAUCCUGAUGUUCGUGGGCAUCGUGAUCACCUUCAUCUACAUGUUCUCCGAUCUUCCCGCCCCCACGGAACGUCCCGGAAUCGUGGGCGUGCCCGAGUGGCCGCUCUUCUUCGGCACCGUGAUCUUCGCUCUGGAGGGCAUCGGUGUAGUCAUGUCCCUGGAGAACGACAUGAAGAACCCCAGCCACUUCAUCGGCUGCCCGUCGGUGCUGAAUCUGGGAAUGGGUCUGGUGAUUGCCCUCUACACUCUGGUUGGCUUCUUCGGCUUCUUGAAGUACGGACCUGAGACUCAGGCCAGCAUUACGUUGAAUCUGCCCCUGGAAGACAAGUUGGCUCAAUCCGUUAAACUGAUGAUUGCCAUCGCCAUCUUCUUCACCUUCACCCUGCAGUUCUACGUCCCCGUCACGAUUUUGUGGAAGGGAUUGGAGCACAAGAUCCGCCCGGAGAAACAGAACAUCAGCGAGUACGGACUUCGUGUGUUCUUGGUGAUCCUGUGCGGCGGAAUCGCGGUGGCCCUGCCGAACUUGGGGCCCUUCAUCUCGCUGAUCGGAGCGGUGUGCCUGAGUACUCUGGGCAUGAUAGUUCCGGCCGUGAUCGAGUUGGCCGUGUACCACGAGGAUCCCGGAUUCGGACGCUUCAAGUGGCGGCUGUGGAAGAACUCCGGACUGAUACUGUUCGGCGUGGUGGGCUUCGUGGCCGGAACCUAUGUCAGCAUCAUCGAAUUCCACGAGGAGUUCAGCGGCGGCCACUGAGACCACCGAUCAUUUAAUUUAAAGUAGUCUUUAAUGAAACUCUUCUAAGCACAGGGAUGUCUAAGUUAAGUUUUUAACUAAUUUUAGGGCUAACCAAAGUUUUCUAGGACUCUGAAACCCCCCCCUCCACCUCCACCUCCACCCCUCCCACGCCACCCGUCCUUUAAUCCUCCACCGAUCCGAUCCGAUCCGUUAUAUCCUGAUAUAUAUUUACCUAUUUAAUACCAUUAACCCGUUUUUGGCGGGUUAACUGCAAACCAAACAACAAAAGUAUUUCGAUUUAGUCGAUGCCACGCCCCCGACGAGCUGUGGAAUUGGGUGGGCGUGGCAUUAAGGUUACUUAGAGAAUUCUUGUAGAAGCGAUUUUGUAUCGUAGUGAUUUUGACAACAACUUAGUCGUAAUUAGUUCCUACUCGAACUAAGCCAAGACAGACGGACGCAGCCGAAGUUUGUUCUUCGUUCUUCAAUUAUUUUGUUUUAUCAUUGAUUUACUCUGUACAUUAUCGACGCCCUAUUUCAAUAAUCAUGACAUAUUACCAAUUACCAAUUACCAAAUACCAAUUACCGAUACACAAAGAACCGCUGCCCCCCGGGCAGCAAAAAAAUGGCAACAAAAAAAAUAAUAAAAACCUAUUAAAACAAACAAAAUGG